UCUUUUUUUUCUGGAGAAGCAAAGGGAUAUUAUCUGGAGAAGCAACCGAACGGGGAGCUCAUCACAGACAGCUAUCUACCUCUAUCUCCUCUGUUCGCUAGGCCUCUUGCUGAUCAGCACACACCUAAGAAAAAUAUACACAGGAGACAGCACCAUCGAUUCUUGCAUACACUGUAGCUGGUUGCUAAGGGAAUGGAGAUCCAUCUGGAAGCGAUGGAGUAGAUAUGGGCUACAAAAAUACCUCUGGACCUUCUUCACUUUGUUAAUCUUCUCCUCUAUAUACAGACUCGUCAUGCCGGGAUUGGAGAUCCAUCUGGAAGCGAUGGAGUAGAUAUGGGCUACAAAAAUACCUGUGGAGCUUCUUCACUUUGUUAAUCUUUUCCUCUAUAUACAGACUCGUCAUGCCGCCAGAAAAUUUCAAGUGGAUUACAGCGUACGACAUCAGGACGGCAGUACAACAAAUAGUUCCUUACUUAGAGGACACAAGCAACAAUGCACCUCGGGUCAUCUACUUCGAGGGAUGGUACGGACUGGCUGCCUCUGCAGUGCUUAGAGCUAUAGCAGAGCACCCUCCACAAUCUUUAAGAGAGAAAUUCGACAAGAUUAUCCACAUUGACUGCUCGAUGUGGAAGAGCCGAAGAGCACUACAAAGGGUGAUCACAGAAGAGCUCAAGCUUACUCAACAGGUAGCGGCCAUUGACAUGAAAGACAAGGAGGACGAUUUCAGUGGGGUAGACCAAGGCUCCAGAGCUGAGGUUGAAGAUGUCACUACAGUGAUAGCUCGAUACUUAGUACAGUCCAGAUCUUUAGUUGUCUUUCACAAUGGAAGUGAGGAUGUGGUUGACUUGACUGACAUUGGCAUUCCAGCACUCAAAUUCUUAGGUACUAAGGUAUUGUGGACUUUUAGAGGACGUCUUCGUCUCAAUGACAAAAUUUACAUAAAGGUAGAUGCUUCGCACCUUUUUCUUUAUGCUGAACAUGGCAUGAACUGGAAUGCACACCUUGCUGAAGAGGCUAGAGAAAUCUCUUUGUACACACAUAAGCUUGGCAUUGGUGUUACACCUAAAAUAGUCACAGAGUGUUGCUUGUACCUAUUGUCAUUGAAUAACCAAUGUAACAAGAUGAUUGACUACAACUGGGGAACCCAUGCUUCCUGCUACUGGGUUUGUGAUGGGAUCAUAGGAGGAGGACGUCAGGACAACCGGACAUGGGAGGUUGCUCAUGCUCUGCAGCAGCAUAUAAGACUAGAAGACUACUCAUCAAAUGCACAGCUUAUGUCAAUAGUUGAGGAUAGAUUGGAUCUUUCCUCGAACCAAUGGAUUUCUAUUACUGAAUCAUAUUUCAAAGAGAUUCCUCCAGAGACAACAACCCUGUUCUUUUCAUCCGACAAGUCAAGUCCACAAGUAGUAUCACUACCAAGUGACAAGUUCCAUAAAGCAGAUCAACUCCGGGUGUUGAAGUUAUGUGGAUGUACCUUCAGCUUUUCAUCACCUCCAUUCCAUUGCUGCCGCAACUUAAGAUUCCUUGGACUGGAUAGAUGCAAGGAUGAACUGCAACAAGGGGAGGAGGAGGAGAAAACAGAUGAACCAGCGGUGGAAAUUUUCCAGCGGCUAUGGGUGCUAGAUGUAUGCCACACAGAUUGGCCGUUGGCUUUUCCCCCAGAAACAGAAGAGCAAGUGGUGACUACAAACAUUAGAGAGGUUCAUAUAACCAACGGAAGGAUUUGGCAUAGCAACUUUGCAUGGAAACGACUACCGAACAUUCACAAGCUUCGAGUAGUUGAGCCCACAAACCCUUGGGAGACAUAUCAAGGACUCCCUUCAUCACUAGAAUCAUUCUCAUUAGAUGCAGGAAGGGGUCAUGAAAACAAAGCUAUAAUAUCCUGUAUAAGCUUGGCUGGUUGCACAGUAUUAUCAGACUUCAUACUUCGUGGGUCAUUGCCAAACCUUGAAGAGCUGGACCUCUCGUACACAGCAGUCAAAAUCCUUGACCUUAGAGAGGUCGUCCAAGUGAAAAAUCUUCAGAGACUCUUCUUGAUGGGAUGUGACCAGCUCCGCUCAAUUUCUUGGCCCAAAACUAGAAUGUACAAACUAAGGCUGAUGUGCAUUGACACUCGAGCAGGAGGAGGAGAGGUGGACAACAGAAAACUUUGGUCACGUGAUUGUUCUUUGAUGGUCUACCAGCAGGACGAAGUAAAGGAGUAUUGCCAUGCAUCUAUUGCUGUUGCAGACAUGAGGUUCCUUCAGUCCUUGAAGUUUCUUUGGACAAGUGAAACCAUUCAAUGUGAUAAGUGGUAUCUCUGCUUGUCAUCUACUAGCAAUGAUGAUGGAAGAGUCUGGCACAAGGACAAGAUGGGCCAUUCUUAUAGCACUGGACAGUUAGCUGUUGCUGCGCCGUCUCUGCCAAAUUCAUUAACCUACCAUGACAUCAGCAUCGAACAGAUAUCUGCAAAGAUCGAUAGUAGCAGCAGCAGCAGCUCAACACAAUUUAUACCACUAGACUUGCACAUGGAGAUUGCCGAGGGAAUUAGUGACGUCACCGACAAGUCCAGCACAGGGGCAAGGAAAGCAAUGUGUUAUGUGAUGAACAACGUUCUGUCGUUGCACGUGCACGACAGUUCUUCUAUCACCAGUGUUACCCCUGGACACACUUUUGAGACAUUUAUAAUGAAUGGGCUCAGGCGGUGCUGCGUGGAGAGAUGCCCCAAGUUGGACACUGUGUUCGCCACUACCUAUUUUUGGACAUGUUUCUCUCAGUUGGAAAUCUUUUGGGCGGCUCAUCUCUUGAUGGCCCGUUCUAUUUGUAGCAGACCAAGAUAUCCAAGCAAUUUGGACCCAAAUGAUUUAUCGUUUACACAACUGCGGGCUAUUCAUCUGCACUUCUGCCCUAGGCUCAGAUAUGUCCUCCCAAUGGCAUCAAACAAUACCCUAUCCAAGGUGCUGGAGACUCUCCACAUACACUGUUGUGGUGAUCUCAGGCAGGUCUUCCUCAUGGAGCCAGAGUUCCUAGAGAAAAUAGCGGCCAGCCAUGAAAAAGGCAAGCUGGAAUUCUCAAACCUCAAGAGUCUGUACCUGUAUGAGCUCCAGAAUCUGCAACAAAUAUGUGAGGCCAAGUUGUUUGCUCCCAAGCUCGAGACAAUCUACAUCAGAGGCUGCUGGGGCCUGAGGCGUCUCCCGGCCAUUGCUGACCACCCUGUGGCCGUGGACUGCGAGAAGGAUUGGUGGGACAAGCUGGAGUGGGACGGGAUGCAGUCUGGCCACCAUCCCUCCCUCUUCCAACCAAGCCAUUCCAGGUACUACAAGAGGCGUCACCUGAGGACCACAGUUCUCCGGUGAGCAAACCUACUUGCUGAUUAAUCUAUUGUUGGAUCGACGGGACGAUGACAGACAGUGCUUUCUUCUGUCAUUGGGUGCUUCUUCCUAUACAGCAGUACUGAUGCUGCUGCUAUGGUCAACCAUGUUGGUCUGUGUUGUUUGGCAACUCUUCGGUGUGUUUUGUCAAGAGUGAAUAAAUAACUUGGUUUCUGAUGCUUUGCUACCUGCCUACUUGCAUCAACCAAGUUUGUUACAUCGGUGUUGAUGUGUGUGCUUGAUACUACAGGGGUGUGAAUUUGUGUGCACAUGUCUCUCUUGAGAGACUAACUGAUUGAUGUAUCAUUUGCUUUGGUUUGGUUUGCCUGGUUAUCUGUGUGCGUGUGCGUGUGAGCUUGAAAAUUGAAAUAAGAGGCUGGGUCUCAUGCCUCCAGAGAACCCAACUGAUGGUGUUCAAGUGUUGUUUUUCAGUUUCAUUGAAUGUAUUGGACAAAAUGUAUGCUUGUUUGUGAUCCAUGCAGCAGCACGCUAAUGCUGCCAGAAAAUUUAUAUAAAUGGCUUGGUUUGACAAUCUA